GUGAAAAAUGAGACGCUGAUAGCUGCGUGUAACCGUGCCAAGGGUAGCAACGGUCGUAUUCAUCUAGCUGGUCUUGUUUCUGAUGGAGGAGUGCAUUCCCACAUAGAUCAUCUGUUCGCUUUGAUAAAAUGCAUCAAGCAACUGGGUGUACCGGAAUGCUUCCUUCAUUUUUACGGAGAUGGUCGUGACACUUCGCCGACUAGUGGGGUUGGCUUCCUCGAGAAGACCAUUGCCUUUAUGAAGGAGCAAUCCUAUUGCCAUUUGGCAACCAUUGUUGGACGUUACUACGCGAUGGACCGUGAUAAGCGUUGGGAACGAAUUUGCGUGGCCUAUGAAGCUAUGAUUGGAGGAAAAGGCGAGGCGUGCUCUGUUGACGAGGCUCCAGCUCUAGUGCGAAAGCGCUACGAAGCUCAAGAAACCGACGAGUUCCUCAAGCCAAUCAUCCUGAAUGGAGAAAAGGCAAGAGUAAAGGACGGUGACACGCUCAUUUUCUUCGAUUAUAGAGCCGAUCGAAUGAGAGAGAUUUCUGAGGUGAUGGGAAUGGAGCGUUAUAAGGAUUGCAAAUCGUCUUUGCCUCAUCCCAAAGAUUUGCAAGUCAUAGGCAUGACGCAGUACAAGAUAGAGUUCCCGUUCCCCGCACUGUUCCCUCCGCUUUCCAACAAGAACGUGCUGGCUGAGUGGCUAGCCACACAGAAACUGACUCAGUUCCAUUGUGCUGAAACUGAGAAGUAUGCGCACGUGACGUUCUUCUUCAAUGGAGGAGUUGAGAAGCAGUUCGAGAACGAGGAAAGAUGCAUGGUUCCCAGUCCAAAGGUGGCAACGUAUGACUUGAUGCCGGAAAUGUCUUCAGCCGGUGUAGCUGACAAAAUGGUGGAGGUCAUCAAGGCGAAGAAGCAUCCCUUCGUUAUGUGCAACUUCGCACCUCCUGAUAUGGUUGGCCAUACAGGACUCACUGAUCGAGCACCAGCUCUGUGUGAUGUCGCUCCGACCGUCCUCACUGUCAUGGGAUUGCCCCAGCCUACGGAGAUGAGUGGCGUCUCUUUGGUGGAGAAAGCUUAA